GACUUCAGCGGGUUCCCCCCUCUUCCCUAAUUUUCAACCCUAUCGCAAUCCCGCAGCAGGACGUCCGGUGCAGGAGCUUCACAUUUGCCCCGAUCGGGUGGAUCUGAGUCGCAAUGAGCGCCCGCGGUGAGGAAACCGGCGAAGCCUCGGGGUCCGGGGAGCAGCCCGCUCCGGCCACCGAGCCUCCCAAGAGAGGACCAGGCAGACCCAGGAAACCUCAACAAGAACCCACGGGUGAGCCUGUCCCUAAACGACCGAGGGGACGUCCCAAGGGAAGCAAGAACAAGGGCCCCUCCAAAGCAGCGCAAAAGAAAGUCGAGACCACAGGGGAAAAGAGACCCAGAGGGAGACCAAGGAAAUGGAGUUCAGGUGUUUCAACCACACCCAUGGCUAACGUGUAUUAA